AUGCCUUCUCUAGUUGUUACUGCUGCAGCAGCAGCAGCGGGAGCAGCACUGUCGCCUGUCUCGUGCAAGACAGCAGCAGCAGCAGCAACAGCAGCAGCGUCAACUGCAGCAGCAGCAGCAGGAGCAGCAGCAGGAGCAGCGGCAGGAGCAGCAGCAGGUGCAGCAGCAGGUGCAGCAGCAGGUGCAGCAGCAGGAUCUGUUAUCUCAGCGUCUGGAGUAGCAGCAGCAGCAGAACUCUGCAGCAGCAGCAUAUCUGCUGCUGCGCUGCUGCAGCAAUUCGAUAUAUUUAUCUUUGACUGCGAUGGGGUGUUGUGGCACGGCAGCAAAUUGCUGCCGGGGGUGCGGGAGAUGCUGACUCAGCUGCAGCAAACCCCUCGCAGCAGCAGCAGCAGCAGCAGCAGCAGCAGCAGCAGCAAGAAGAGUGUUUACUUCCUUACGAAUAACAGCACUCUUAGCCGAAAGGGUUUUGUUGCUAAGCUAAAUAAACUCGGAAUUGAAGCGACAGAGCAGCAGGUUCUAUGCACAAGUUACUCAACAGCCAGAUAUAUCCUUUCCCAGCAGCAGCAGCAGCAGCAGCAGCAGCAGCAGCAGCAGCAGCAAAAGCAGCAGCAACUGCAACAAGAGCAGCAUCUGAUGUGCAACGGCAGCAGCAGCAUUCAGCAGCAGCAGCAGCACAAGUCUCGGGUGUAUGUGGUUGGAGAGAAGGGUUUGCUGGAGGAGCUGCGCAGCAACGGCAUCGAUGCUUUUGGCGGCCCUGAGGAAUUUGACGUGGUUUAUCAUAUCAACUAUUCCUGCGUACCUCUAGAGUUUAAGGCGUACGAAGCGAUAGACUUUGCACGCGACCCUGCGGUGUACGUACAGCCGGAGAAGUGGGCUGGAGCAGGGACAAUGGUUGCUGCUGUUGCUGCUGCAGUGCAGCAGCAACCCGUGCUGAUGGCAGGUGAGAGCCUGGAUAAAGUGCUGCUUGUAGGAGAUUCGCUUAUAACAGACAUUGCUUUUGCUGCUGCAGCAGCAAUAAAGAGCUGCCUCUGUCUAACGGGUGUGACAGACGGUUUGCUGCUGCGCAAAGCCUUCUCUGCUGCUGCUGCUGCUAGCAGCAGCAGCAGCAGCAGCAGCGGCGGCAGCAGCGGACACUCAGAGGAGCAGCAGCAACCCAAAGCAGUCCUCCCAGAUUUUAUCAUCGAUACCGCUGCAAAUAUUUGCUCUGAGUAA